AUGCCUUUCCGAUUCCAGUUCCCAUGGCUCAAGAACCCCACCACAACCGGUGGCACCUCCAACCUAGACACUAACCCUAGCCCACGCUUCCCGAACCCCUUCCUCCCCAUCCAAGCCCACGUCACCUCCUUCCUCUCCUCCCUCCCCCAGGCCCUCCCGCCGCCGCCGCCCUGGGCCCGCAUCCCCUCCCCCUCCCCAGCCUCCACCUCUUUGUCUCUCCCGACCUCUGAGAUAGAGGAGCGGCUCGCCGGGGUGCCCGUGUACGCGCUCGCCAACGCCGCCCAGGAGUUUGUGCUCGUGUCGUCCACCCGCGUGGGAGGGCAAGGGGCCGAGGGCGUGAGGCCACCGCCGGCGCUCGGGCUGCUCUGCUUCCGGAAGGAAGAUGCCGACGCGCUGCUGGAGCAGAUGGAGGGCGAUAUGCGCGCCGGCUCUAGUGUCGUUCCCGUGGCACUCAACAAGGUUAUCCAACUGAAGUCGGAUGGUGUGGCGUUUAGAUUCCUGCCUGAUUCAUCUCAGGUGGCUAAUGCAAUUAAGCUGAUGCAAGAUGAAGGGCUGUAUGCCAGAGGGGGAUUUCCAGGAGUGCCAGUUUUUCAGUCAAGGAGCUUGGUCCUGAUGAGUGACAACAAGAGAUAUCGUCCAGUUUUUUUCAGAAAGGAGGACUUGGAUAACUCACUGCACCGGACCUCCCGUGAUCAGCAAAAACCUAAUCCUGUUGUUAGGUUUGGUGACACUCAGGUUUCUUCUUUGGAAGAUAUCAUUAAAUCUAUGAAGGAUAGCUCCUCCCCAAAAUGGGAUGAUGUUGUAUUUAUUCCUCCUGGAUUUGACCUUGCUACUGGCUCGACACCAUCACACCUCAGCAAGUAG